CUGAACCUUGACGACCAUUACCAUGUCGUUCUGCGCCCAGUGCAGGUCUCUGCAAGCAACAGUCUUUGGCGAAGCUGUCCAGAAUGUCACUUACAAUCUGCAGCGUUACCCGCAUCUGCCCAACUACACGGCUCUCGUCAAAUCAGCAGGCGCAGGGUGCGGCUUGUGCAAGAUCCUUCUUCACGCUCUGUUGGACGAUGAGCAGCUGAAAAGCAACGCAGAGAUCAAGCUCGACCACAACGGGCAACCCGUCUUUCCCGACGGCGCGCUGGGCCUUGGCGGUAUGCUCUGCAUCGACGGCAAGCGCUCAAUAUGGAUGGACGGACUGGUCGGUGCUCUGGGGCAAGUCAGGGCGUACGAGAUACCGAGUGGUUGGUGGGAUCCUUGGGCCGAGGAGGAUAUUGAUGUGAACGAUAGAGCUGUCGGCGUUAUCAGUUAUUGGAUCAAAACAUGCCUCGCCGAGCAUCCUGAAUGUUGGCAGAGCCGGCCUGUGGACUUCAUUCCCACACGGGUCAUUGCCGUGGGUGGCGAAGGUGAUGACCAUGUUCAACUCAUACAGGCCAAAGAGCGAGAGCCUGCCGACAAACGUUAUGUUGCUCUGAGCCAUUGCUGGGGGCUGAAUAUGCCACCAUCGGCCACAACAGUCGAGGCUGUGUUGAGUGAUCAUCUGAGGUCAAUCUCUCUGAACAAUCUGACCGCCACUUUCAUCGACGCUAUCAAGAUUACCCGCAGACUGGGCAUUUCAUACAUAUGGAUUGACUCCCUCUGCAUCGUCCAAGACUCUGCCGCGGACUGGGAUGCAGAAGCCAGUGAGAUGGCCGCCGUCUAUUCGAGUGCUUAUGUCACUCUUGCGGCAUCAGGCUCUGCGGAUGGGACGCAAGGCUGCCGGACCCAGCGUGACCAAGUCCCGUACAUCGAUGUGCCCAUCAACGGUGGUGAGCUGGAGCCAGAGUCCAUGACGCAGAGGCGGUACAGGGUAUGUGCCUGGCCAAAUUUCAGCGACUAUCACAUAAACCGUGAUCCUCUGCACUCGAGAGGCUGGUGUCUUCAAGAGCGCGAGCUAUCUCCUCGCAUCGCCCAUUUCUCAAGCGAUACCGUCCGGUGGGAGUGUCGCAAGACUCAUGCCUCGUUGGUCUUCCCGUGGCUUAACACGAAUGCCUUUCUAGGCUAUCCUCGUAUCUUCGACUACGAUGACUCCGGUCGGAGACAUCCCAAGCUUAAUCCUACCCUUGGUGGUGACAUGACGGGCGAUGGCCUGCUGCAAGCCGCUUCCGAGUGGCUGCGGCUGGUACGCAUGUACAGCGCAAAGAACCUAACCAAGCAGACCGACAUGUUGCCCGCCAUUGGGGGUCUCGCUCGCGCCUAUGCCAAAUUCACACCUGGCGAAUACCAUGCCGGUCAUUUUGCAUCACACGGUAUCGUCAACUUGCUGUGGAGGGUAGACGACCCACAUAAGACCGAAGAGGAACCACGUCGUCCGCAGGAAUACACAGCGCCGUCGUGGUCAUGGGCCUCCAUCGCUAGGCCCGUAGCUUGGGACUGGAAUUUAUUCAUGGAUAAGGAUCGGAUCAAAUCCGUGGCUGAUAUCAUGGUGAUGGACACGUCACCCCUCGGCUUGGAUCCAUUUGGCAGGGUGAAGAGUGGGAUGGUCAGAAUCAAGGGAUAGAUUAGACAGUUAAGCACGCGUGAAGUCACCCCCGCAUGGCUGAACAAUGAUCCAAGGACGCAGAACCUAUUCGCAGAUCUAGGCGGUAAAGAAAGCAAGGUCGGAUCUGUGACUUUCGAUGUGUCCACAGAGGCGCAGGAUUCCAUCUACGCUGUAGCCUGUUCCGAGAUUGGACAUCCGUGGCCGCAGGUGUUUGGAUUGGCACUUGCGACUGUUGAGGGAGGGCAACGGUUUCGAAGGAUUGGUCGGUUUAUGUCGUCUGUGCGAACCUGGGACAAUGAUGGCCCUACAGAGGAAGUGGUCAUUAUUUGAAGUAUAGAGUUGUUAUACUGACUAAUGAGCGCAUACGUAGCG